CCACGAAUGCAACCUCCAUGUCUUCCACUGGUCAAGGAAUGUCGUUCACUUGUUGCGUUCUGUGUUGUCACACAGGCAGCUUCCAAUACGAGAACACCUCAAAUUCAUUCGCUAUUAUCCUGUUUGAUGUUGUAAUGAUAUGAUGCUGUUUGGCCGUACUGCUGACACGAGGUUUCGGGAAAGCACUGCCACGCUCCUUCAAGCCCGCAUCAAUUCCGGUCAAUGUGCAUGCUCCACUCCCAGUCUCAACAAGGGAUGCUGAAUGCGAGAUCCUCGCUUUCCGCUCCCGGCCUUGUUUCUGGAUUCCGGAUUCUGACGUCAAGCUACUUGUGCUCUGGCAACCCACAACUGCUCCAGGACGACACUGCGCAGUAGGAGCAUGGCCGAUGAUGGGUUGACACAGACGCGAUGAAGGGCCGAGAAGGGAAGGGCACGGAUGGCGGAAGCGACCACGUUCAGGCCAUGGGCCAGCGCUCGUCAGAGAAGGUCCCUGCCGCCGUUUCUCCCCCAGCCAGCUCCAAAUGCGCCCAGGGGAGGAGGAGCACUUUCAAGACCACAGCAGAACAAUGGUACCGCCGCAUCGUCGUCCAGCUCAUCCUCGGCCGCAAGGCGCUGCCCGCAUCCAAGGACGGCCGGCACAUCCCGCUCAGGCCGCACCGCACCGCGCCGCUGCUCGACGAGAGGCGCGGGGCCCCCUACAUCUCCAACUCCAUCCGCACCUCUCGCUACACUGUCUACGACUUCUUUCCGAAACAGCUGAUCUUCCAGUUCACUCGCUUGGCAAACUUCUACUUUCUUUGCGUCGGCAUUCCCCAGACGAUCCCGGGCAUCAGCACCACUGGCAACGUCACCACCAUCCUGCCGCUGUUGUUCUUCGUCCUUCUUACCAUUACCAAGGAGGGCUACGAUGACUGGAAGCGACACCGCCUCGACAAAGUCGAAAACGCCAAGUCGGUUACCGUCCUAAGGCGUGCGGGUGCCGCCAGCAGCAGGCGGGGGCCGAGGUGGUGGAUCCAUGCUACCGUCGCGCCCAAAGAGACUGACAAUCUCGGGCAUUGCGAGACGGGGCACGCUUCUGACCUGGGCUUGGAAUGGCGCACAGUUCAGUGGAAGGACCUAGAGGUCGGCGACGUCAUCAGGCUGGCGAGAGACGAGGAUGUGCCGGCCGACAUUGUGCUCCUUCACGCCGAUGGCGAGGAGGGCAUUGCGUACGUCGAGACCAUGGCGCUCGACGGGGAGACAAACCUCAAGAGCAAACAGGUGUCGCUGGCCCUGAAGGGAUGCGACUCUAUCGAAGGCAUCUGCGCUUGCGGUGCCGAAUUCGUCGUCGAAGAUCCGAACCCGGAUCUAUACCGGUUCGAUGGCCGCGUGACUGUCAACGGGGAGACACUCCCGCUGACCCUCAGCGAGAUUGUCUACCGCGGCUGCACCAUCCGGAACACGGCAGCCGUUCUCGGCGUGGUCAUCAACACGGGCGAAGAAACGAAGAUCCGCCGAAACGCCAACCGUCACCCGGCCGCCAAGAAGCCCGCUCUCGAGCGCAUGGCCAACAUGAUCGUCGUAGCCCUCGUCUUUUACCUGAUUGCUCUCGUUGCUGGGCUUUCGGGGGGCUAUGCCAUCUGGCAGCGGACCUACGAGCGGAACGCGUGGUAUCUUGCUGACAUCCCAGUCCCUUAUUCGCAGAUUAUUAUGGGCUUCGCGAUCCAGUUUAACAACGUUAUUCCACUGGCUCUGUAUGUGAGCUUGGAGAUUGUCAAGAUUGCACAGAUGUUGCUGCUCAACUCCGACGUCGAAAUGUACGAUGAGGCGUCCGACACUCCGGCCCGCUGCAACACGAACACCAUCCUGGAAAACCUCGGCCAGGUCGGCUACCUGUUCUCCGACAAAACAGGAACCCUGACGGAAAACGUCAUGAGGUUCCGUAAACUGAGCGUUGCCGGCACCGCUUGGUUGCACGAGAUGGACCUCGUCCCGGCUCAAGACCCACUGGCGACUGGAGCGUCGAGCCCGGGCGUGUCAGUGUCAGGGGUGCUCAGCCCGAAUCCCGAACAUGGCGCUACAUCCCCUGACGGCCCUACCCUCACAAGGUUUCUGUCGCCGGCGACACCAACGUCUCCGGUCACCGGUCGCCGGUCCUCCUCCCACUGGCGGUCGUCAGGUCGACCGGAUCAUGUGCAGCCGGAUCUCACGACCGUUGACUUGCUAGAAUACAUUCGGCUGCGCCCGGACUCGGAUUUCUCCAGGCGCGCCACGCAGUUCAUCCUUGCAAUGGCGCUCUGCCACACCUGCCUCCCGGAACACAAGGACGGCCGCGUCGACUUCCAAGCGGCUUCGCCUGACGAGCUGGCCCUGGUCAGGGCGGCACAGGAGCUUGGCUUCUUGGUGGUGCAGCGGACGUCGCAGACAGUAACUCUCCGGAUAUCAGGCGGCGGCGGUCAUUCGGAUCGCACGUACCAGAUUCUCGACGUGAUCGAGUUCAGCAGCAAGCGCAAACGCAUGUCCAUCAUCGUACGCUGCCCCGACGGGAGCAUCUGGCUGCUCACCAAGGGCGCCGACUCGGUCAUCGUCCCGCGGCUGAGAAUGGCCGACCUGGCGGCGCAGAAGGCCAAGGAGCUCCGUCAAAGCCUCGAGUUUGAGCACCAGCUGCUGCGCAAGAGCGAGGCCCGCGAACCGCGCAACAGCUUCGGGGGACGGCCGAGCCUGACGAUCCGACGGAGCCUCGCGCUUGGACGGCACGGGUCGGUCGCUGGCGGCACCAGCAAGCGCCCACACGUGGACAGAAGCAGAUCAUUCGAGAUCAGCGCCCUGAGCCCCAUGGCCUACGUCGAAUCUCGGCCUUCUCUCAACUCUCGUAUGGCCUCCCUAGACCUGCUCCGCGCUGGAAGCAAGGCCGCUCACACGGCGGCGUCUCGGACUGUGCCGAGCAAGUUUGCUUUCCUCGAGGAUCCAUCCCUCUCGGACGAUGCCGCCAUCUUCGCUCGCUGCUUCCGGCAGAUCGAUGACUUCGCCACCGAAGGCCUCCGCACGCUUCUCUUUGCGCAUAGGUUCCUCAGCGAGCAGGAGUACAACAGCUGGAAGAAGCUCUACCGAGACGCUGAAACGAGUCUGGUGGAUCGCCAGGACCGCAUCGAGGCAGUCGGAGAGAUGAUCGAACAGUCACUCGACCUGAUUGGUGCCUCGGGCAUCGAGGACCAGCUCCAGCACGGCGUCGCUGAAACGAUCGACCGGCUCCGGCGCGCAAACAUCAAGAUCUGGAUGCUUACGGGCGACAAGCGCGAGACUGCCAUCAACAUCGCCCACUCGGCCCGCAUCUGUCAGCCGGGGUCCGAUAUUUUCGUGCUCGACGUCGCCAAGGGCGAUCUGCAAGUACAAAUCCUUACCAUCAUGGAGGACCUCCAGCUCCAAGCCGAGACCAACGCCUCGCACACGCCAGGCCACACCGUGGUCGUCAUCGACGGGCACACCCUCGCUGCCCUCGAGGCGCCCGACGCCGCCCACGCCAAGACCCUUUUCUACCGCCUCAUACUUACCAUCGACUCGGUCAUCUGCUGCCGCGCCUCGCCCGCGCAAAAGGCCCUCCUCGUCCGCACGGUCCGCGCGGCUUCCUCCCCAUCCUCGGCCCCCUCCGCAUCCCCAUCCUCCCCAUCCCUCCUCCAACGCCUCCGCGCAACCCUCAACCCGUCCACGGCGCCGCUCACCCUCGCCAUCGGCGACGGCGCCAAUGACCUGGCUAUGCUCUCGGCCGCGCACGUCGGCGUGGGCAUCUCGGGCCGCGAGGGCCUGCAGGCGGCGCGCGUGGCCGACUACGCCAUCGCGCAGUUCCGCUUCCUCGCCCGCCUACUGCUCGUCCACGGCCGCUGGAACUACGCGCGCACCGCCCGCUUCGUCCUGGCCACCUUCUGGAAGGAGUUGUUCUUCUACCUGCCCGCCGCCCUGUAUCAGCGCCUGGUUGGCUACACGGGGCCGAGCCUGUACGAGGCGUGGAGCCUGACCGCGCUGAAUACCCUGUUUACGAGCCUCUGUGUGAUCGUGCCGGCCGUGUGGGAGCAGGACUUGAGGGCCGAGACGUUGUUGGCCGUGCCGGAGCUGUAUGUCUUUGGGCAGCGGGAGCGCGGGUUGAAUGGGUGGCUGUAUCUGCGCUGGAUGGUCGCCGCCGCGGUGGAGGGCGUGCUGAUUUGGGUGUUGUGCUGGGUCAUGUACGGCGGGCUGGCGCCGGUCAAGGAUGGCGGGCUGUUUGCGUUGGGCGACCUGGUGUUCUCGUGCAAUGUGCUGUGGACGAACCUGAAACUUCUGAUCCUUGAUACGUAUUACAAGACCGGCAUCGUCAUCGGCUCCUUCGUCAUCACCGUCGGCGGCUGGUGGGUGUGGCAGGUCUUCCUCGCAGGCGUUUACCAACCGGGUGUCUGGCCGUAUGCCGUCCGCGGGGGCUUCUUCACCUCGUUCGGCCCGGAUCCCGCCUGGUGGGUGGCGCUCAUCGCCGUGCUUGGCGUGCUGUCCUGUAUGGAGCUGGCGUACAACUCGGUCAAGCGCAACCUGAUUGUGGCGGGGCUUUGGAAGCUCGGCUGGAAGUGGUUGCGAUGGUCGACGUGGAAGCGGGCGUUCUGGUCGACGUCGGGCGUCGGCGGUGGAGCAUGGAUGGGGGAUGGGGCCAGUGGGAGCUUGGAGGAAUGGGGUGUGGAGCUGUGGCAGGUCAUGGAGCAGGAUCCGGCUAUCAAGGAGACUCUGCGUAAGAUGAGCAGGCUUGGGUACGAAGAGGAGGAUGUACAGGCGGUUGACGGUUCAGAGAGUGAUGGUGGGAGAGACGCGGUUUAGCGGAUGAGUGCACGAGUCGAAUGUUUCUGGCGUCGAUGCUGUUCGAGAUACCCCUUUCUUUAUGUUGACUUGGAUAGAGCAUACAUCUAGAUCCACAGGGCUACGAAUCACUAUUUCCUCGUGCUCCGGCGUCUUGCCUAGGCUGAGGGCAACAUGCAGCGGCUUGCGUGGGAGUGGCUGCGCAGUAAGGAGGUCUCCGACAUCUACGUCCCGGAGGUCUACAGGAUAUUCCGCCGUGACGGGCAGGCCUUCAUCAUCAUGGAGCUGGUGGUGGACGCCGAUCCGCUUGCCGAGUCAAGCGUCGCCGCCAGCG